UCCUCAAGCAACCACUGAUCACUGCCGAAUAAGACUAAAUUAAAAAGAGUGAAUGUUUUCCGAGCCGCAUGAACAGUCUGACGAAACAGAGUCAUCGUCUUCUUCCGCGCCGCGUGCUUCUGAAAAGAAAGCUGUCGCUCGCGUGAAGUGCACGUCCAAAACACACACACAAGAGUCUCCCACAUGCCUAGAAAACGCAGUGUUUAUCAUCUGAAUUGGACUCAGUUCCCCCUUCCAACCACUGCGUGGUUCAUUCCAGCGCCUCUGUAUCCUCAGUGCGAGGUCUGCUUCUGCUGCCAUCAACACUGAGCCAGGCGGUUCAAUCACUCCGCUGACAAGAGCAGCAAAGUGAAUUUCGAUGGGGAGUUACCGCUCGCGCUGAGAUCUUCUCGUGCAGGACUGCGUUAUGCUGAACUGUUAAUGGGAAUGUAUCAACUGUCUGCAGAAUCUGUCUCUGAAUCGUCUUGGCCCUUGGCUGUGGGGCCGUGAGCAGCUACCAUGACUUAUCCCAACACCAGCACACUGACAACCAACUUCAGUGGAGCUUUGGACAGCCAUGACUCAGGGGGAAACAUCUACCGGCCCUUUUCUGUUUUCAGUGUGCUCACUCUUACGUUACUUGCCAUGCUGGUGGUGGCCACCUUUGUGUGGAACUUGCUGGUGCUGGUGACCAUUCUGAGGGUGAGGACAUUCCACCGGGUGCCCCACAACCUUGUGGCUUCCAUGGCCAUCUCCGACGUGAUGGUGGCCGCCCUGGUCAUGCCACUCAGCCUUGUCCAUGAGCUGAACGGCAGGCUGUGGAAACUGGGCCGCGUGCUGUGCCAGGUGUGGAUCUCCUUCGACGUGCUCUGUUGCACAGCCAGCAUCUGGAAUGUGACGGCCAUCGCGCUGGACCGCUACUGGUCCAUCACCAGGCACCUGCAGUACACGCUCAAGACACGUAAAAAAAUCUCCAAUGUGAUGAUCGCACUCACGUGGCUGCUGUCCUCCAUCAUUUCCCUGUCACCUCUCUUCGGCUGGGGGGAGACCUACUCAGAGGGGAUGAAGUGCCAGGUGAGCCAGGAGCCGUCCUACACGAUCUUCUCCACCUUCGGAGCAUUUUACCUGCCGCUUUGUGUGGUGCUGUUUGUUUAUUGGAAGAUCUACAAAGCUGCCAAGUUUCGGAUUGGCUCCCGCAAGACCAACACAAUAACACCCAUGGCUGAGGUAAAGGAGGAAACACAGCAGCCCCAGAUGGUGUUUACUGUGCGCCACGCCACCGUGACCUUCCAGACAGACGGGGACACAUGGCGCGAGCAGAAGGAGAAAAAGGCGGCGCUGAUGGUAGGCAUUUUGAUUGGCGUGUUUGUACUUUGCUGGAUUCCUUUCUUCAUCACUGAGCUCAUCGUCCCGCUGUGCUCCUGUGACAUCCCGCCCAUCUGGAAGAGCAUCUUCCUGUGGCUGGGCUACUCCAACUCCUUCUUUAACCCGCUCAUAUACACCGCCUUUAAUAAGAACUACAACAAUGCCCUGAGGAACCUCUUCUCCCGGCAGCACUGAGCCAAUCUGCAUGCUCAGCAGACACACUACACCAGCAUGCACUCCACAGUGUUACUCCUCCAGACAGAAAGGGACUAACCUGUCUGUAUCUGUCAUUCCAUCAUCCUUCAGAUGGAUGAUAACCAGAGACUAUGUCUGAAAAACUGUCUUUAAAAAUGUGUCGUUUUUAUUUAUAUUUUGUUUUGUUUAUUACCAUGCUGAGGUAACCUCACAGCUGGACUGGUGUCUGAGCUAGUGUAUCUACAAAGAGAGGAAUAAAUUGGCUGUUGUGGCAGUAGGGAGAAAGGCAUGUUAACUUCCUCAUAAACAGUUUCAUCAUCAUAUGUGAGGCUGCUGGGAAUAAUUUCAAAGUAGAGCUGGAAAAAAUCUUUUAGAACUGAACAAAAAUAUCCUCAUAAAUAAUAAACCAAGAACAAAAUGGGUUUUUUUCUAAACUAGACAACAAAAUGUUCAUCAUUGCACACAACAUUUGUAGAUAAAAAAUGGAUUUGAUUAUAAAAAAGAAGGAUUGUAGGACCUGAAAGCCUUCCAGUACAGUGAUAAAAUGUUCAGCAACCACCUUAUAGCUAGGUACACAUGAACUCCCUGGCUCCACAUGUAACUUAUUCAUACGUACUUCUAGAUAAAUGUACUAUCUCUCUUGAUGCUGGCUAGCUAUACACCAAGUCUCCUGGCACAUACACCUACAUACUCCUAUGCCUUUUAUGAAAGUAAGAAAAUAGCAGAACAAUGUAUUAUUUCCAUCAUCUUUGAAUUGAUGCAUUGUUGAGAAACUGCAGCCACGAAUGAUCGCGUCUCACUCCAGAUACAUACUAUGAGAUACAGAAGAUGUGUGGACUGGUGAAAAGCUAAUCAAGGCACACUUUGGAGAGAAGUGAUGGGGCAAAGCAUGUUUUAAAGUAUGACUCAUGGUGUUAUACUAUAGUAGGGGGGUUAUGGGAGUAAGGGAAGCUAAUGUUAACCAAUACAAAUAUCCCUAAUGGGCUCAGCACACAAAAUGUAUGCUUCAGUUGGUCUAAUGAUGUUUUCCAAUUGUUGGUUUUUAUCAGGUUUUUAUAUGAUUCACCUGUUUCUUCACAAAUUGCCAACACUGUAGAAUCAGUAAGUGAACCUUAAUUUUAUAGUGUAAUAUACUGUAGUCUAAUCUGAGGAAUCAAGCAUGAGAAAGUGAUCCUCAGUAAAUACUUGUGCCAUAUGUAAGUGAGCUCCUGUUGGAGAGCAACAUAAAGGUUUCUGGCACAAAUUAAAUUAUAAUUUUUUUGGAUGGGAGAAGAUUAAGUACAUUUUUUCAAACUAUCUAACGUCGCUGUCCAUUGAAAAUCAUGUAUCUCCACAUUUGGUGAUUUCUUCAGAUAAACUAAAGGAUUAAGUGUUAAGUAUGGUUCAAAUAAUUUCUUGAGCUAAAUAAACUACGCAUCUACAGUCACACUAGUUGUGAGGCUGUGAGCUAAAUGCUAACUUUAGCAUGCUAACAUGCUGAUGUCUAGCAGGUUUAAUGUUCACCAUGUUCACCAUCUUAGUUUUUUAGUAUGUUAGCAUGCUAACAUUUGCUAAUAAGGACUAAAUGCAAAGCUGAGGUUGAUGGGAAUUUCCUUAGAUUUGCAGGUAUUCGGUCAUAAAUGACAAAUAAAAAUUUUGACUUGAUGAUGGCGCUAUAUGAAAAGUCAGGCAAUCACCAAAGUCAUUGGGGUACAUUGUUUAGGCACCAUGGGUAUCUAAAAUUGUAUGGUAGUCCAUCCAAUAGCUGUCGAGAUAUUUCACUAAAAAACAAAAAUGGCCACCUCCUAGUGGCACUGGAGGAAAAGUCAGAGAAUCACCAAAGUCAGUAGGAUUCAUCCUCUGGGAACCAUGAACGUACAACGUUUGUGCCAAUCUUGUAGAUGCAGAGAUACAUAUUUCAUAGAUUAAGUGAAAACUUUGACCUGCUGGUGGUGCUAUAUGUAAGGUCAGAGGAUCGACAAAGUCAUUAGAAUUAAUCCACUCCAUGCAUAUCAUAGAAAACUGAAUGGCAAUCCAUCCAAUAGUUGUUGCCAAUAAUUGUUGCUGUUUCAGUCUGGACCAAAGUGGUAGACCGAGAGCCAUCCCACUAGAUGAUUAAAAAAACAUUGGAUUAUAUGAAAAAUGCGUUGUUGCAAAGCUGAAAAUGGCUUUUUUAGCUCUUGAAAAGUUGUUGUUUUAGAGUUACAUCGUUUUCACAGGACAGUGGCACUAUGUGGCUGAAAUACUAUAAAGAAUACUGUAAAAUACUCUAAUAUAUAUAUUUUUUUAAUUUGUACACAGAAUAUUUAACUUUGUUAAAAACUUACAGACUUCAAAUGGCAUGGUUACAAGAAGGAAUGGCAUAUAGGUUAAAAUUUGCCAUUUAUGUAAGAAAAAGCCUCAACUGUAAAAAAAAAAAAAAAGAAAUAAUUUAGGCUAUACUACAUUAUCAAGUUGAACAGAGUAAUAAAUCACAAUGAAGAAACAUUAUGUGAAAAGAAAAUUAGCCCACUAAUUGUAAUGGUGAUUCCAAUGAUAACAAUAUUCUGUGGUAAAUAAUGAAAUGCAUGGAAUAUAGACAGAAACACCAAUCAUUAUUAUUCCAUUAAUAAAUGGCACUACUGGUGAAACUGGUCUGUUCACUCUUAGCACUUCUUUCAUGUAUUAAUCGCAUGACUUGCUGGUUGACUUGAGCCAAUAGUGUUCUGCAAGAUUCACUUAUCUAAAUGACUUCUCACUGCUCUCCAAAUUGCCCGAGGAUGGUUGCUUAUUCACCCUUUGCUCCUCUUAGGUCUUGUUCUGUGCGAUGACCCAGCUCAGGAAAUGCAAAGUGUUGCAGAAAUAUGUUGUUUACCAUCCAUACUUGUUUCCAUUUUUCAUGUUCAAAAAAGGUUUAAAAAAUGUGCACAAUUACCUCCUUCAGAAACACUUCUUGGAAAUCCAUACUUGUAUUCAUACCUUAAAAAAACUCAAAAAAAACAUGAAAGUAGGGGAAUUUUGAAAAAUGUAUCGUGUAAUUCUGUCAAUGUUUUUUCAAUGUGUGCAUGUUUUCUUCCACAGAAGCCUUGGAUGAUAAAAUUGACAAUAAACAAGCACUCAAUUGGUGAAACACAGUGUCAAGCUUGGCACUUUGACAAAAAAGCUUAUGAAAGUAACAGCUAUUCAGGUUGAGCCACAAGGCAUACUGCUAAAUAUUUGCUAACAGUUGGCUACAGAGACACACUCGUUCUCAGACACACACACACACACACGCCUGCAUAGACUAAUACAUACAGAAAGAGGAAAAGAAAGAAUGAAAGGAAGAAAGAAUUCAGUGUUUUAGUUUUGAUAAUUCAUUUUUAUGAUGAUCAGUGGCCAAUCACUGGAGGUCAUUUCAUAAAUAGGCAUUGGCAUGUCCUAUCUCUCUACAGUGCCACUGCCAGCAUGCACAUUUCAGAGCCAGGAGUGAACCUGCUGCUGUUCAAAGGAGCACAUCCAUCCAUGCUUUCAGGGAAGACAGCAUGCAUGAAAAUGUGGCUUGGCUAAACUGACUUAGGAUUAGAACCAGAUGCCUCUGGCAAGGCAAACCUGUGCUUUAGCUACUCAGUUUUACAGAAAUAGAUGCAACAAGCAGCCUCGUGAUUCAUGUACAGUGAUGGAGUGUACUGUCACCACACUCUGAGUGAAGGAAAAAUACGAAUAAAUAUUACAAAGAAUGUAAUAUGUGGCCAACUACUGACAUGAGGAUUUUAAUAAUGAAACAUUUUUAUUAAAUAUGUUUUAACACCUA